AUAUACUCCCUUAGGUUUGAGUGAGAGUCAGAAAGCUUUUGGCAGGCAUGGCGAACAGAUCAAGGUGUAUCGCUACUCUUGCAAUAUUUUUAAUAUGCUACGCUACGAGUUCGACAAGUGUAGCUGGCCAAUCACGUAUAGCGGGAGGAAAAAAAGCAGCCGCAAAUAGUGCUCCGUUUAUUGUGUCACUUCAAAAAUCCGAAAAAGGGAAAAAUAUUCAUUAUUGCGGAGGAACAAUACUCAACGCCAAUUGGGUGGUCACCGCUGCUCACUGCCUGUCUUCAAAAACUUUAGCUUAUAGUACCGUGUUAGUAGCUGGAAGCAUUUUAGUAGAUGGUAGUACUAGUACUGUCCAGAAGCGUAAUAUUGACUACUACGUGGUACAUGAGCUCUUUGUGGGAGGCAUUGCUCCUUAUGACAUUGGUUUAGUUUAUACAAAGUUAGCCUUCAAAUGGACUUCAGCUGUUGGGCCCGCUGUUCUUCCUAAGGCCGAUUCUACUCCCAGUGGAACUGCGUCUCUGUACGGAUGGGGGAGUACGUCGACAACAGCAGCUGAUAAAUUUCCCUCUUCACUUCAAGUUGUGAGUUCGAUACCAAUAAUUACAUUAUCAGAAUGCGAAAAUGAACUUGGAUCACAUGGUUCAAACUUGCAUGACACCAAUGUGUGCACUGGUGAUUCGAAUAGCGGAAUAAGCAUAUGCAAAUCCGAUUCUGGAGGACCUCUUAUUCAAGGAAAGACUUUAGUUGGUAUAAUAUCCUGGGGGAAAACUCCGUGCGGCCAGAAGAAUUCUCCCUCCGUGUAUGUUCGUGUCUCUGCGUUUAACUCGUGGAUAAUAAAACAUCAAAUAGCCCCCAAAAAAAUGUUAAUGCAUUUCUAAAAUUGUAUUCUUUUUAAGGAGAGCCAUAAAAUUAUAAAAUAAAGAUUAAAAACAGAUGUAA